ACCAGUUGCGUAUCUCACUUUGUCUGACUUGACACUCUGAGGCUCCGCUCUUACACCGGCUCCUAACUCGUCCUUUACUGUACGAACUGGUGAUUGAAAGGUGAAAUUAUCUGGUUUCAGACUGUUUGUCUUGUCUGGUAUUGGAUAUUGCGCAUUCUUUACACCAGGCUGCUAUGCCGAGAGAGGCGGUGCUGUCCUCUGUGGACUCACUUCAUUGAUGGCUGAGAGCUCCCAUCCUAAAGGCCCCACUCUCUCUCAGCACUGGAGCUAUUUCCUCAUAUGACAAUGGUUCGCUGAAACACGGUUUCACAUCACGACGAGGAAGGUUUUUCAGCGCCAAAGUCGAGGCUGUGUUUAAAAGAUGAAGAUUUGGAGCACGGAGCAUGUUUUCAGGUCAGUCAGGGUGGCGUUUAUUGUUUGGAGUAGCCUGUAAAAGAUGCAGAGUGAGCUGGUCUGUCAGAGCUGGGCUAAGUUGAUAAGACCUUCAGCACCAUUCACUGAAACUAAGACAAUCUGGAAAUACUUCAAACACCAAACUUAUAUUUCAUGUCAGUGAAUUCAUCUGCUUCCAUGUAGGCAAUAUGGAGAUGGUGAGUCACAAUCAACAACAUAAAAUUUACACAGUUAACACAAGCCUUCACCUUCAAAGCUCAGUUUCUAAAAUCCAUUCAAAAAGUAUUUUCAGUUUCUUAAGUAACACUGUUCUCUAAAGUGAAUACACAGAUUAUAACACCCACUUCUAAUGAUAAUAAUAAUGCAGCAUCAGAUUUCAUAUGGCGCUUCAUCAGAGACCCUCAAAGUGCUUUACAUUGGAUGUAUCAUUCAUUCGCUCACACAUUCAAACCUUGGUUGUGGUGAACUACUUUAGUAGUCAUAGCUGCCCUGGGGCACACUGACAGAAACGUGGCUGCCAGUUUGUGCCUACGGCCUCUUCGACCACCACCACACAACACUCACAAUCAUACACCAGUGGAGGACACACACUGGGAGCAAGGUGGGUUAAGUGUCUUGCCAAGGACACAAUGAACAGACUCGAGAUAAGGGGGAAUGGAACCGCCAACCUUCCGGUUACUGGACGACCGCUCUACCUCCAGAGCUACUUCUGAAAACUAAUCCUGGGUGUUGCAUGUACUUAACUCUUAUAUGCUCUUACACUCCUUUUACUCUUUACUCUAAAUACUUUCCCUCAUGUUGUAUGACUCUGUAUGCAGUUACCCAUGGGAAACAGUGAUCAAGGCUGCCAUGAGGAAGUACCCAAAUCCCAUGAACCCAAAUGUGGUCGGAGUGGACGUGCUGGACCGCACUCUGGAUGAAGAGGGACGCCUGCACAGCCAUAGACUCCUCAGCACAGAGUGGGGCCUCCCAGGAAUCGUGCGAGCAGUCAGUGUCCAAAGCAUCACUUUAUCAGAGCCAACUUCUGCUUCUUACUUUAGUAGCUGGAUUAACAGAUGGAUAAAAUGCACACAUUUUUCACGCUUCUGUUUUCUGGAUUCAUGUGUAGAUUUUGGGGACGAGCCAGACACAGACAUAUGUAAAGGAACACUCUAUAGUGGACCCAGAGGAGAAAAAGAUGGAGCUGUGCUCAACAAAUGUAAGUUUAUACAAAGUAAACCUGUCAAUUAUAAACUCAACACAGUUUAUUCAACAAGUGUGAGUCAAAUCAUAAUCCACCUCUGCUAUAGGAACAUAGUUUCACAUCUUAUAUUAUGUGGGCAGAAGUUUCUGAGUGGAAUGUCUUCACAGAUGACAAACCAAGGUUUUUGUCAGAGCUGUGCAUCCUGGGUAUUUUCCAUGCAGUUUUAUCUCUAAACAGAAAGACAGUGCACUAAAAGACGUGUGUCUUUCACAAUCUUAAAACUAAAGAUAAAAUGUAAACAUUCAAAGAAUAAAUCAAUAUAUUGAGCAUCUACCCCUCAGUCAUGUGUUGCAGUGGAAACACAUCACCAGAAAAGCCCCCAGUUUUAAACAUAUCUGCUAGAGAGUAAUUGUCCAGUGUGGUUUAGGCAGACAAAUAUCUGCAUUCUAUAAAAAUGGUAGCACUAGUAUUUCCUGUCCUGAUUUUGUGUAUUUACCUGAUAUUAGUUUUAUUCUUUCAAUUGAAAAAAUAUAAAAAUAAAAAGAUCUACAGCUCUUGUAGGGCUGUAUUCAUAAAAAAUUGUCAAAGCAGUGCACGAAAACCCCGAAAUAACUGACAGACAAUGUGUUGUUACAUGAUUUUAAAAAACUGCUUUUUAUGAUUCAAACAUUGCAUUCUGUGUUUGUUGUAUCAUAAUCCAAGAAAAACUCAAACACGCUUUUUUAUCUAGAUCACUCUGACCAACCUGAUCUCAGUGGAUGAGCGACUUCUCUACAGACCUCACCCUGACAACCCUGAGGUGUAAGUACAAAGAGCUUUAAUUAAGAGCUUUCUCAUCAUUGUAGCUGACUGUGUUUCUGAGGACAGAGUGCAGGCGUCAGGUAUUUUCAUAAUGUAAUAGCUCACAGAGAGAUAAAACCUGAAUGAGACAGACACCGUGCUCUUACAGGCACACAGUGUUAUACUGUUUGUUCAUCACACUCUCUCUCUCCCUCUCUCUCUCUUCUCUGUUUCACUUAGUACUGUCCUGACCCAGGAGGCCAUCAUCACAGUAAAGGGAGUGAGUCUAAGCAGUUACCUUGAGGGGAUGAUGGCGAGGAGAAUGUCAGCAAACGCCCGGAAGGUAAAGUGGAACAAUUACUUUCUUUGCAUGCCGUGUUACUUGGACCUCCCUGCCUGUAUGAGUUUCUGUGCAGCCUCGGCUCAGUUUAUCAGACAUAAAAUUAAGCUACUAUUCUCACUGAUGUCUCUCUGCAUAUAUUGCCUGUGGCUUUUCUUUAACUCUCUUGUCUCUCUGUGUGAAUCUGUAGGGCUGGGAUGCUAUUGAAUGGAUUAUUCAGAACUCUGAAAGAGAGAACAUACCUCUUUGACAUUUACUAACUCUGGUAACUUUUCUCUUUGCUUUCCUUUCCCCUUCCGUCUUACCAGACAAGCAGAUGCAUAUCAUGUUUCUUUUAAUACGGAAGCCCAAAGUGAACAUGCAUCUAUAUAUAUUUUGUUUACUCUGGAGUCACUGAAUAAUUUCAGAUACUUGGAUUGCAAGGAAAAUAUUCUGUUUUUACAUUUAGAGAAUGAGAUGAAUAAGUCAAAAUCUAGAGAAAACUGCUGUAAAUCACUAAAUCAAAACAGAGUGAAUAAAAUGUAUUGAUGCAUGUCUGCUCAGGGCUUCUGUAGACUGCAGAAUCAAACUAAUGUUCAGUGAUGAUGCGUCUACACACACAGGACUGCAGCUGUACAGUGAAUACUACUCUUCCUAGCUACACCUCAUAAACCGACAUGGGAUUCUGGCCGACUCGGGAUCCUCUGCUGUUGGUUCCUGUACUGUCUGGGAAGUCUUCCUCUUUCAUCUUCCGGAGCCCAUGCACUGAAAGCUCAGAGACAAUAUGUGACGCUGCCAAAGCUGAAUGGACCUGUCAGAGUUGUGUUUUUGGUGGUGGGAGAUUCUCACCACUUCUGCUGUACUCUAUGACACAUGAACAACCAUUCAAAUUAAAGCAAGGGCGCAGUUCCUGUGUUUCUGUGAAACAGCAUCACUACUGAAAAAGAUUGAAUUCAAGAGAGACGCUGAAGAAGAUUUGUUUUAACAUUACUAGCCUACAUUUUUUUUUUGCUCUCAUGACAUAUCGAAGGCCUAUUUCAAAAGGGAAAAAGAGGAGGGAUUCAGGAGGUAUACGCACAUAAUUUUAACUUAACAUUGUUCGGUACUACUAUAAUAUGCAACUAAUUUUGUAAUGUUUGAACUAAUUUACUGUACAUCCUCUGUAAUGUCAAAUACUAGUGACUCCUGCAGCAGGAGACGCUUUCAAAAAAUGCUUCUGGUGCUUUUUAUGUGUUUCAGGAGGCACAAACUGUAGCUGAUGUGUUUGCAUGGUAGUAUAGUAUAAAAAGUUUAAGGGUUUGGAAGACAAUGUCUCUGUCUGAACGCAAUUAUUAUUCACUUUUUUAGUCCUCGCUGCUCUCAAAAUUUCUGAUUUGUCCUGCAAGUACUCUUGAAGAACUGUACAGUGGACCAAAACUUUACAAAACUGGUUUCUAAGCUUGCACAGCUUUGUUUAUUUGGUUAUUUGAUGACUGCAAGGUGACAGUAAUAGUUAUGAAUGUAAAAAAAACAAACAAGAUGUAAGCACAUCAGAGAAAGCAAACAUGGUUUUUUAUAUGUCUGUACUCUCAAGGCAGAAAAUUCACAACAAAUGUUUAGAAAUCAAGAUUAAUAGACACCACUAUGUGAGUAAAUAGUCAAAUUUGAUUGAUUAAUAAAAUAACUUAUUGGGCUCCAAAAAGUCCUUAUUUUUAUUCCACUGGCACUUUUUAUUUCUCUUUGCAGAACUUUCAUGAUGUUGAGUUUAGAGAUGUGGAUGAUAUUGAACAGAGAUGAUGAGUGGUUUAGUUGCUUAGUAGCUAGAAGCUCAAAAUGCAGCUUUAAAUAGACAAGAAUAAAAAACUGUUUGUCUAUAUGACAAAAAAAAAAAAAAAAGGAAUUUUUCUGCUCUCGAGCCAAUAGCGUAGUUGCAUCUUUUUGAUUGGAAUUUAGGGGCAUUGUUCUUUAAAACCAGUGGAUUUAUACUGGAUAGAGGGUGGUGAUAGCAUGUUGAGGUUUUGAUGUAAGCGUGCAUUAAAAAAGGUAGAUCAACAUCCUUUAUGGGCAGACUUAGUGAUGUUGUCAGCCUGCCUGAAUGUUAUUGCCAUGACAGCUGCAUAAUUCAUGCCUUUGCCAGUCAUACACACCAUGCUUUCAUAUGUUGAAUUUGUCUGUUACAGCUACCUAAAGGCCCUGAGGAGCAGGGCUCUACAUGUACUGUAUGUGAAAUCCUGCUCUGGGAGAUGCACACAAUUAAAAUGACUUACCAAACAUAUUUCUUUGUGAAAUUGACAAUAAUUACAUUAUAUUUAUAUUUAUCUAACACCAUUAUUAAAUGACUAAAACUGCGUUGAGUCAUCCUGAAAUUCAUUGCUUUAAAAAUUUUGUUAUAACUUAAUCUGUUGUCCAACUAAAUAAAUAAUAAAUCUUUUUGUUUGAGAAAAAGUCAA